AUGUACACUUCAACGAUCGCCCUCGCUAUUGCUCCCCUUCUCUACCUCGCCCGCGCAGACGUUAGUCUUGACCGGGACGAUAUCCCACGAGAAUGCGACGCCGUCUGUGAUCCCAUCGUUCAACUCACCAAGACAUGCGACACUGACCUCCGCGGCGACCGUGAUCGUGAAGAAGACCGCCUUGAGGCUCAGUGUGUUUGCACCAACGACUCUUUCAACGUCAGCCGUGUCGCUGCUCUCUGCGCCGGUUGCAUUCACCAGAAUGCUCAGAACAACCGGGAUGACGAUGACGACGACGAUGAUAUCCGUGAUGACACCGAGGAUAUCGAUGAUCUCAUGUACACCUGUGGUUUCUCAUCUACCACCUAUGUCGCAUCCGCUGCCUCAGCCGCUGUCUCUGGCGUCUCAGUCGAUGCGACUCGACCUACAGAUGCGUCUCAGUUGACCACUACCAUUGUCGGAGGUACACGAACUCAGAACUCCAACGAGCCUACUGCUACUGGUACCAGCGGUGGUAAUGGGGGUAGUGGAAGCAAUGACGACAACAACGAUGCUUCUGCUACCAACGAUGCUUCCAACCCUGACGAGACCAAUGCUGCUGCUGCAAUGGCACCUUAUGGAGUCGUCGGCGCUGUUGUUGGCGCUGCUAUGCUCCUGGCUUAG